AUGAUUCCAGUUAAUGAUCGCGUUUGUGGACCAGUUUUCCAUGAUUUCGGAUUAGCAGGUUGCAAAUUGGAAGUUUGCAGUUUGAAGUUCUUAGCUGGAGUUUACAACUGGAUAUCUGAUCCUGAAAUUGUGUAUUUCUGGGCUCAUCACAUCAAAAGACAAGAACGCACUGCCAACAUGCCGCCAGAAAACCUCUCGGAGAGGGUUGUCAACAACGACUGGCGCCCCCAUAUCAGAUCAGAAGGGGUAUGGAUUAAAGAACUUCCAGGACCACCAGGCUGUCUCAAGCCCUGGUACAAAGGACUACCCUGGCACGAACGAUUGUCCAAUCAUCAUACAUUGGCCAGCAUAAGGCAAUGCGCUAUUUUCGUUCCCAAGCGAGUCCCACUUGACAGCUUAGACAAUAAAAUGAUGUCAAACUACAACCAUAGUUUGGAAUUGUUUCCUGAUCCUGUAGAUAUAGUCCUGCAACAGGACACCAUUAGCAAUGUGGCCGAAUUGGCACCACCAUGCGUGGAGUAUGGCGAUAAUUAUACAAAUGCAAGAGGGAAACCGUGGAGGAGAUUGACAAACACCAGGGAACUGAAACGGGAACGAAUUAUUGCUUUGGGGCAUCCACUUCAAAUAGCAGGACUAAAAGAAAAGAUGUCGCCACAUCAAGUAAAGUUGAUGAACAGUGGACACCAUUCACCACUUACUAAUCCAGGAUAUUCUAGACAACCGGCCGAUGGUACAGUUUUCCGCUAUUGA